AUGCUGCAAAUAGCGACGAAAUGGCCAACCAAUGCUCAGGUCACGUUUUCGUCAUCGUGCAGGCGACAAACGGGAAUAUCCUUACCUGGCGAUGCUCUGACUGCAACUCCGGUCCGUUUGUCGCCAUCUGGCGCUGCAAGAUCUGUAACCACUGUCGCUGCAACUCCUGCCACACCGCCAAAGGCUAAGAAGAAUCACGUCACGCAUGCUUUUUUGCCUCUUAAUCGUUUGAUUCGUACAUUUCCUGGAACUUCGAAAAAGCCUUCUGCAGCACUCCUCGCGCCAUACCUGCCGAAAGCCUAUCAGCCUUUUCUUGCGCGACUUGACUUUAAUUAA